AUGACAAUGUUUGUUGAGAUACAUGACCGCUUGGUGGCCAUCCUAAAAGAAGAUAGUGUUCCAUCCUUUCAACGCAUGUUCGUAAAGUAUAGAGAGCGCAUGGUUUGUGGAUAUGUCAUCACUCCGCAAACCCUCCUCUUCAUAAUUGCAACGAAUGCCCUGCGUUGUGCUAAGUUCGUUUUGGAGGGGACGGCACCUAAGCUCGGUGGGCAGCGCGCCAACCCCAACUACAUAACCAGCUUUGGGUUCUUCCCCCUCCACCAAGCUGCCGAGACAUUCUCCGCUGACAUGGUUGAGUUACUUCUCAACUAUGGUGCAUUGCCCAAUCUACGCACCUCGGGCGAUAGAAUCAUUGAGGGCCUCCUCCCACUCCAUGUUGCCAUUGAGAACACUUGCCAGCACAAGUAUCUUGAGGACAAUCUACUAUCUGACCAGAGCCAUAUGAAGGGGAAUGUCGAGUACAUCUACAAGCUCAUAUAUCUGCUUUGCCUGCCUGAGAUGAAGAUCUUCAUGGACACAACUAGAGUUCUUGCAUCUCAAACGGAUAAUAUAGUAGACGAACUAUGGGAUUACAUUAAGCAUGGGAAGCUUGUCCCAGCAGCUAUUUUGCUCCUCGCAGCUCAGAGGCAUCUCCGUAACCUUGGUGGAUUUGAUAGGAUCCAGGACCUUAUUGAUGAUUCUAACUUUUCCCUUGCAAGGGAGGAGUGUGGAUUAGAAAGUGGUAAAAAUACCAAGGCGCAAAAGCAGCUAAAGGAGAAGAAAGCACAAUUUAGUAAUGCAUUCAUGCUUGUUAGGAUAAUUCUGAAUGCUGGUGAAGCUCUUGAUGCAUAUAUUCAAACUCAUUCAAAGGCGUCUCAUGAGGAGGUCAUUGGGAAAGUUUCAGCAAUUCUCCAGAAUUAUGAUGUGGGUCCUAGUGGAAAAGUAAUAUGCAUUGAAGACCUUGACUGCUGCCCCUAUGCCUGCCCAGUGCCAGACGGGGAAACAGAUUUGUCGAAGGAAGCCAUAGGAUCGUCUACUCAUGAAGUCAAGGGAAGAAAUGCUGCGAUAAAGGAACCACGUAAAGGACAGAACCUCUAUUUUGCAAGAGAUCAGUUUCUACCCAUAUGGAGAUCGGUGUUAACAUGUCGGUUUCUUGUGAGCUUAAUUCCAUCUUAUGCACCAAAGAAAGAGUCAGUGUAUGCCCGACCUGUUGACACCAAAAAGAAAGUGAAUAAUCAAAGGCCUUGUCAAGUUGGCCUUGGCUUGUUAGAUACCAGUAGGUCUUGGAAAUCAAGAAAAGAUCCAAAAGUAUCUAGUGCUCCUCGGUCCAGAAGGCUAUUUGCCACUGCUGCAUCGACUGUCCUGAAGAUGUUGAAGCGCUCAUGAUGACCGAGAACGAAGAUAUAAUAGAUUACCAGCUGAAGCUGUUGAGCAUAAUAGCCAACUUUCAUCCGUUGAAAGAUUCCUUUCAACUACAUUUAUU